AUGAGUUUCCAACCAGUCAACCCUCGGCCAUUUUUGCAGGCUAGGUACGAAUUUCCCCAAGGCCGGCUCGACGAGUCCAGUACCCUUCAUUUCAAUCAACUCCUCAACCGCCCGUUCCUCUCCCAUCCUAGCGGAGUCGGCACCGAGAUGGUCAUCCGCCUGAAAUGGGGCCAGACCGAGUACAAGGGCAUCCUGGAGAGCAUUGACUCGUACAUGAACGUCCUGCUGCGCGACACGGAGGAGUUCAUCGAUGGCAAGAACACGGGUACUCUGGGCCUGGUAUUGAUCCGGUGCAACAAUAUUCUCUGGAUGGGCUCGGCUGAGAACGUGGAGAUGACGGAUCUCGGGUUAAAAUAA